ACUCCGAAAACAGCCUUUCAUCUUCUAAAUAAACAAACCCUUUCCACCACCAUCUUCAACCUCCCUUCUGGUUACAGGGUUGCCAUCUUCUUCUCUCCUCUGUCGCUUUCCAUCUUCGCCAUAUUUACAGAGAAAUCUCAACUAACAAUCCAAUUAAAUACACUCAGAUCCAUUCAUUCAUCACACCAUUUCAAUGGCAGAGAAGAUUUACCCUGCCUCCAAGCCCACCACCGGCGCCGGCGCUGUUCCCACCGCACCAACCGCCAACCCUUCUUUUCCAGCUUCCAAGGCGCAUCUCUACAACGCUACUCGUCCUGUAUACAGACCUCAACCUCGUCGGAGCCGCCGUAGCUGCUGCUGUUCUUGCUGUCUCUGGAUCACUUUCACUAUCAUAAUUUUGAUCGUUAUCGCUGCCAUCGCCGGCGGAGUGGUGUAUGUUCUCUACCGACCUCACCGACCUACUUUUUCGGUUUCGUCUGUUCGUGUUUCUCAGUUUAACCUCACUUCGUCGAAUAAACUCACUACGAAAUUCAAUUUCACCGUCACGGCUCGUAAUCCUAACAAGAAGAUCGUGUUCUACUACGAUCCGGUAUCGAUUUCUUUCAAUUCGAAUGACGUUGACGUCGGUGACGGAUCGAUUCCAGCGUUCACGAUGGGGAAGAAGAACACGACGACGUUGAGGGCGAUUGUGUCGACUAGUGGACAAACUGUGGAUGCUAACAGUAAUUUGAAAUCCGAUCUGAAGAAUAAGAAGAGUGUGCCAUUGAAGAUCCAGCUGGAUACGAAGGUGAAAGCGAAGAUCGGAAGCUUCAAGACUAAAAAGGUACCGAUUAGGGUUACGUGUGAAGGAAUCAAGGCAGCGGCACCUACCGGAAAAACAGCGACGACGGCGACGACUUCCGAUGCGAAAUGCAAGGUGGAUCUUCGAAUCAAGAUCUGGAAAUGGACGAUUUGAGAUUACAGUUCCAAAUUGAAGAAAUCAAAGGUGUGAAUUUGAUUUUUACCAACUAUUUUUGUUCAAAAUGAUUGUGUUUUGUUCUUACUUUUUUCUUUUUGGGGAUUAUUUGCAUAUUUAGGGAUGGAAUGAUGUUUCAUGUUUCGUAUUGAAUUUGAUAGAACACAUUAUGAUGAUCAUUUGAUUUUAAUCCACAAUUGGAAAUUUAAGUUUUGUUUUUCAA